AUGUCAGUGGUGCGAAGGAAGUUUGGUGAUGACUACCAGGCCGUGGUGGGCGGCUCGGCAGCCCGGAGGAAGCGCCAGCGCUUUGUGGAUAAGAACGGGCGCUGCAACGUCCAGCACGGCAACCUGGGCAGCGAGAACAGCCGCUACAUUUCGGACCUCUUCACCACCCUGGUGGACCUCAAGUGGCGCUGGAAUCUGCUCAUCUUCUUGUUGACCUACACCGUUGCUUGGCUGGUCAUGGCCUCCAUGUGGUGGGGGAUUGCUUAUCUCCGCGGUGACCUAGAGAUGCACCACAAUGCCAAUCCGGGCCACAACCCCUGCGUGGCCAACGUCUACAACUUCCCGUCAGCCUUCCUCUUCUUCAUCGAGACGGAGGCGACCAUCGGCUACGGACACCGCUACAUCACCGAGCGUUGCCCCGAGGGCAUCGUGCUCUUCCUGUUCCAGUCGCUGUUGGGCUCUGUGGUGGACGCCUUCCUGAUUGGGUGCAUGUUCAUCAAGAUGUCCCAGCCCAAGAAACGUGCCGAGACCCUCAUGUUCAGCCGUGCCGCCGUCAUCUCACAGCGAGACGGGAAGCUGUGCCUCAUGUUCCGGGUGGGCAAUUUACGCAACAGCCACAUGGUCUCGGCCCAGAUCCGUUGCAAACUCAUUAAGUCACGACAGACUCCAGAAGGUGAAUUCCUGCCACUAGACCAAUGCGAACUUGAUGUUGGAUUCGGAACUGGAGCCGACCAACUGUUCCUCGUCUCUCCUCUCACCAUCUGCCAUGAAAUCAAUGACAAGAGCCCCUUCUUUGCCCUCUCGCAAAGAUCACUGAGGAGCGAGCAGUUUGAAAUCGUUGUCAUCCUGGAAGGGAUUGUGGAAACAACAGGAAUGACGUGCCAAGCCAGGACCUCCUACACAGAAGAUGAAGUCCUCUGGGGCCACCGCUUCCUCCCAGUGAUGUCUCUGGAAGAUGGCUUUUUCCGCGUGGAUUAUUCCCAGUUUCAUGGGACGUUUGAGGUUCCGACGCCCCCAUACAGCGUGAAAGAACAGGAGGAGAACCUGGCUCUCUCGUCACCUUGGAACACCCCAACCGGGAGCAACAGAAGCAGAAGGGAAAAGAUCUCCUCUCUUGACUGCCUCGAUCUCUUUGAAGAGAAAAACAGCCGGCUUCCCAGCAAACUCCAGAAAAUUUGCUCCGAGAAGGGGAAUCUCCAGAGAGGGGUCCUCAGCCUCUGCUCCAGCAACGUCGAGAAAGCGUGUAGCACCGGUGACCUCUUGAAGAUCCAACAGAUCAGUUCGGUCUGCAGCAUAGAGGAUGGGAGCGAAAAGAUUCAAUCGACGGCCUUCAAAACCAAAUCGGAGUUACUGGCUCGCUCCACCGGCAACCUGGAACUCCAGCAGAGGUUUUCCCCAGCCCCACACACCUUGGGGGUGAGAUUAGAUGGUAAUUUGCCUGCCAAACUACGAAAAAUGAACUCCGGGCUCUUCUCCUAAACAGCAGCCGGCCGCACAGCCAGACACAAUUGCAUUUUAAACUUCUGGAUUUCUCGGGUUACUACUGUGAAGAACAGGAGUGGGGAAUCUGUGUGCGCUGCCCCCACCUCACCCUCAGAUGCUGGCUGAGGCUGAUGUUGGAGUCCACCAACGUUGGGGGGGGGCACAGCUUCCCCACAUCUGGUGAAGAUGAUA